AAAAGCCAACGAAAAUGGUAGGAAAUGGAGGGAAGAACUAAGAAUAUGUCAAAAGAAAGGAUUGGUUAAUACAACCGUCGUGUUGUUCGAAUCCUGGCCAGAAGCUCUUUUGACUCCUCCCAUUGCUAAUUUCUUAUUAAAGAUUAUUACUUCACCGCAAAAACUGAAAUCCUCACUGUUUCCUCGUCGGCGGCGUCAUGGGUACUGUCAUCGACUCCCAUUUCUUGGCCAUCACUGCCAUUGUCACUAUUGGGUAUCAACUGUCUUUCUUUAUAAUCACAGCUCUUCUCAAGUUUGACAAAGUUACUGAUUUCGCUGGUAGCACAAAUUUUGUGAUACUUGCUGUUUUGACUCUAGUUCUUAAAGGAAGUUGGCAUUUUAGACAGGUAAUUCUGUCUGUGCUUGUAGUGGCAUGGGGUCUUCGCCUUGGUUUUUUCUUGUUAAUGAGGAUUUUGCAAUGGGGAGAGGACCGGCGUUUUGAUGAAAUGCGUAGUAAUUUGGGGAAAUUGGCAGUUUUCUGGAUAUUUCAGGCUGUCUGGGUCUGGACCGUAAGCUUACCUGUCACAGUGGUCAAUGCAAGCAAUCACAACCCAUCUCUACGAGCUGCAGAUGUAAUUGGGUGGAUUAUGUGGUUAAUAGGUUUUCUAAUCGAAGCUACAGCUGAUCAACAAAAAUUGAGAUUUAAAAGCUCUCCAGAAAAUAGGGGGAAGUGGUGCAAUGUUGGACUUUGGAAGGUCUCACGUCAUCCUAAUUACUUUGGUGAGAUCUUUCUUUGGUGGGGAAUCUUCGUUGCUUCCAUACCCGUUCUGAAAGGUGCUGAGUGGCUUGUGAUACUUGGUCCCAUAUUCCUCACAUUACUGCUUCUUUUUGUCAGUGGGAUUCCACUACUUGAGGAAUCGGCAGAUAAGAAAUUUGGGAAUGUGACUGAAUACGUACAUUAUAAAAGAAAGACUAGCCCCCUAAUCCCACUGCCUCCCGCAAUAUAUGGAAACCUGCCCUCCUGGUUCAAGAAAUUUUUUCUAUUUGAAUUACCUCUUUACAGCCGCAAUCUUCCAGGGGGCGACCUAAACUGGUGUAGAACAAGCAAGGGAGAAAGCAGUGAUAGAUUGAAGAUGGGUUAGGAUUUGUACUUGUUAGGAUUCUUGUUCAUUAAUUUGAAAUUUGAAUAGAGCUUUACGGCACUGCUAGAAGCAUUCAUCACCAUUCUUGCCACUCUUCCUCUUAUGAUGUAUCUAUCGUUUACAAAACCGACAUUGAUACUCGUUUUGAUUUCCUUUAGUAUUUGUAAGUUUUAAGUUUUAAUUAUUGAUAUAAAUUUAGUUCAAUAUUUCCUCUA